AUGUACUGGGCUACAGGAAGCGCACGCGUUCUAGCGGUCGAGCCGUCACUGCUCAAGCCCAGCUCUGAUGGCGAGGAUGAAGAGCUGGAGCUGGUUCUUCCCGUCAUCACCUCAGGACAGGACCACGGCACCGAUAUCGAAGCUAAUUCCCAGAUGGGUAUCAUGUCCCGCGUUGUCAAGGGCGCUGGCAGUGGCAUUGUCGACAUGGCACGGAACGAGCAGGGAUCACUUUGGGCGACCAUCACGCGCGAGUCCAUUCAACUCUGGGUUCAUAGGCCUGCGGGUGUAAUUGCCAAGGUUGUGAGGACACCAAAGUCGCUUCUGGACCAUGGUGCCAACCUGAAGGUCAUGUGGAAACCAGACUCGACCAUGCUGGUUGUCGUCACCGAACAAAGCUUUUUGCAUCUGUACAAGAUCGCGCCACAGGGAAACGACGGAGCGAGUUAUCAACUCACCAACAGCAAAAGCUAUGCAUUGGGACCAGGAGAAGGCGUUGGCUUUCCCGACCUCACCAUCAAGUUCAAGAUGACCAUCAAAAUGGAUGCUGGUGUGUCCAGCAUGGUCGGACUGGAUUCGGAUAUUGUAGUGGCGACAGUCAACCCACCAGCAGUACAGCUCAUCCCCUGGAUGGGCAAGGUCGAUGUCAAGACAUGCUUAAUUCGUCAUAUGAGCUUUUUGCUGGACAAGUCUGUCAUGAUUGUCGCCAUGAGCCGGUUCCCAAAGUCAACCACCCAGACAUGGUGCAUGUCCGACGGAAAAGCCUACAUCGUAUACUAUACCCCCAACUCAUCCGAUGCAGCCUCUCCUAGUUCGGUAUCAUCGAAUGGUGAGAGCUGGUAUGGAUUUUGCUUCCAUGGAAACCCCGAAGGAUUCGACAGGCAAGACGCAGGCGUUGUUGCAGCGAGUAACCCGGAAUACAGCCUCUUGGCCAUUGGAACUCGAGGAGGAGAUGUUCGUAUCUUCAAGUCAGGAGAGCAUGCAGGACAAUGGGUGUUUUCCCACAAACUGGCGUUGAAGGAAUCGCAGAGCUAUGUCAGUGGUCCCCCGGACAGGAUUGUCUCCCUGGCAUGGAACUCUGAUGGAAGCGCACUUGCCGUUGGCCAGGAAUCUCGUUGUCCGUCCAUUUGGAGUGUCUAUGGGCGGCGCCUCUUCCCCUCCGGCUCACACGAUAUACCCAGCCUGAAAAAAGCUACCGAGGAUCCAUAUCUGCAAGGAUCUAGAGCAUUGUUCUGGAGUGCUGGAAACAUGGAUCUGAUUGUUUUGAGCUCUGACGACUCGAGCUUGAACUUCUAUGCGAUCCCUUGCGCAAAGGCCCUGCCUUCUGUGCAGAACCAGUUGAGCUCUGCUCCUCAGUGCUUGCUACACUUGAACGACCGCCUUUUGGUGUAUAGUGAAGGGCAUCGUCAGGAUGUGACGUCGACCAUCAACCCCGAUACCUUUGUCUGGAACAACGUCAUGGUUCCACCGGUGUACCUGAGUGACAACUGGCCAAUUCGGUACUCUUGCUUGAGCCAGGACGGACACUAUCUCGCUAUCGCUGGACGACGUGGAUUGACACAUUACAACUUGCACUCUUGCCGCUGGAGAUUGUUUGGAAACUGGGCUCAGGAGCAAUCUUUUAAAGUGCAGGGCGGUCUGGCAUGGUUCAAAAACAUCCUCAUCGCCGGCUGUGAGACGAUACAGGAACAAAAAUUUGAGCUGCGAUUGUAUCAACGCGAGAAUAAUCUGGACAACAAUGACAUUUUGUUCACGGAACAGUUUGAGUCGCGAAUCGCCCAUAUAUCUGUUUGGCGAUCAUCUCUCUUGGUCUACACAGCCAACAAUACACUCUACUGCUAUUCCCUUGGAACUGCCAAGCGGAUCGACCUGCAGUUGGUAUGGAAGACUUCAUUACAGGACAUCGUAGAGUCGCCAACAUUGCUCAAGUCUGUGUCCAUUUUAACCACAGAAGGCGCAGAAGGCGAUGUCGCAACACAUAUCACGCUCCUCGUUGACGGCAAGAUUUAUUUUUUGCGACCCGAGUUCUUGCCCGACGGAAAUGUGAGGCUGUCGUUUAGACAGAUCACAGAUAAAGUUGAAUACUACUGGAUCACGCGGUCAGCCCAUGACGCCAAUGACUUUUCUCUCUGGGCAUUCAACGGCAAUACGCUCAAGAUGUGGUGGCAUGUGUUUGGACCUGGAGGCAGUGAACGGAGUCUGGCUGCAUUUGCCAAACACAACUUUUUGGAGAUGGACAUUGAGUUUUAUCCACUAGCCAUUUUGCCGGAGCGUGGUAUUGUUCUCGGUCUGGAACCGGAGAUCGCGAUCCACAAACCCAAGUCCCUUGCCAUGUUCAAAAUGGCCACCAAGACACACCUUUUCCUUCAAACGAUUCUCCGUCAUAUACUGACGCAUAACGCCGAAGGCGAGUGGGAAGCAUACGAGUUUGCAAAGCAUUAUCAGGAGCUGGGAUACUUUGGACAUGCGCUAGAGAUCCUGCUUCACAAUGUCCUUGAGGACGAGGCUGAAUCUGAUAUCGGGUUUGAAGAAGGCGCGGUCCUGCCAAGAGUCGUCAGCUUCUUGCAGCAGUUUCCUCACUACCUGGACGUUAUUGUGUCAUGCGCACGCAAGACUGAGGUUGCUCUUUGGGAGUACUUGUUCACGAUUGUGGGAGCACCCAAGGAUCUCUUUGAGCAAUGCCUGGCUGCGGAUCAGCUGAAAACGGCAACCUCAUAUUUGCUCAUCCUGCAUACAUUGGAACCCUUGCAAACGACAAGUCAGGACACUGUGCGCCUGUUGGAGAUGACUCUUCAAGCUGAAGAUUUCGAGCUCUGCAAGGAACUCGUCCGGUUUUUGAACUCCAUUGAUUCCACUGGAGCAACACUUCAGCAAGCAUUAUCGAUGGUCACCAUAUCAGACGCCUAG